AUGGCGACUUCACGGAAGAUCUCAUCUUUGCUAACAUGGCUUCUGGUUACAGAAGCAAUCAAUUGCUUACCCCAGCCAGUGAGCAAUUUUGUUACGGGAGUAGCCACCUCAGAAUCGGACUCAUCCUUGAGAACUCAAUAUCCUCCGUCAAAUCAAAGAAUCGCCGUCCAGACAGCUACACCAACCUAUCGUGUCGCUCUGGACUUGAGCGGGCAUUCAUCGCAACUUCCCUUCCCCACGCUUGACUUGAGUGACCUACUUGGCGGUCUUGACGGGCUUCUGUCUCCUCAAACCACAGUUUCACCAACUGCAUCCUAUCACGGAGUCACCUCGGGCGGUGAUUCUUCAAAAACGGACGACGACCCGUCAGGCUCAGACAACAGCUCUUCAGACUCAGACGAUAGCCCGUCAGAAUCAGAAGGUAGCCCUUCGGAGGCGACGGCUUUCGAGACAGCCACGCAUGCUACCGAUACUCUUACCACCGACCCUCCCACCGCUGAUACUCAAAGUACUAUCACUUCUAUAACCACCAUGGGGGAAAAUAUCUUUGAGCCGAUUGGAACUGGCGCGGUUCCUGCCAGUAUCAAGACACGGAACGAUCACCCUAUCCAGAAUCAACAUGCCAACUCGACAGCACCGAUUGAAACGAACAAGUUUUAUGCUGGUUUGUUCCUCGGUUCGCAAACAAAUGCGUCGUUCACGCAGCCUUACUCUCUCGCCUGGUCCAAAGGCGGAGGAACGCUGAAAAGUUGGGGAAUGGCUGUUUCUCACGUAGAAGACAACUUGCUCGCUUACGGACCGCAAAACUCAAAGCUCCCUGGUAGCCCAGUGAGCUACUACAUCAAUCCUAUCGGCCUUCAACAUGUCAUCUUAUCCGCCACUGAACUCAAUGAGUCCACUGUGCUCGUAACUGAAGAGCCGAAGGCAUUUUCUGCCCAGGCAGUUCUCAAGAGGUCCGCUGGCUCCUCGCAAAGUAUCACCUUUCCUAUUGUUCAAGGAAUGGGUUACAUUACAGGCGUGUAUCGUAACCUGCAGCCACAGGUACAAAGUGGCACAUUCUUCCGCAAGAUUGUGGACGCUGGAUCGCCCAAGCCGGGAAUUUUCAAGUACCAGAUGUAUCUGGAGGAUGGUACCACCUGGGUGCUAUACGCCACGCCUGACGAUGGAACAAAGCCUCAAUUCAAUUUGACGACAAACACGAGCCUCAAUGGACCAGCUGGAUACAGCGGAACCAUCCAGGUCGCUAAAAAUUCUGCUGGUCAGCUUGGCGAAAAAUUCUUCGACAAUUCAGCAGGAGUCUAUCCUGUUGCAGGCACUGUUUCUGGUGAGGUCAGCGGUACAUCAGGUGCCUACAGCUUGUCGUGGACUAAGGCUGGCAAAGAUGCUGAUCAGACUCCUCUCAUCAUGUUUGCUCUACCUCAUCACAUCCAGUCUUUCGACAAUGAUACAAGGGGACGAGCAACUGAUGUCCAACUUCGCACUACUACCAAGGGCAAUGCCACUGUUGUCAUAGGAGACCACUGGAUCAUGAGGGAGUCUAAUCUGCCAACGGAUAUGGGAUUCUCCCCCUGGUCACCAUUGACGGGCAACAUCGCAGCUCUUUCAGCAAGUGCCCAGAGGACCAUUCUUCAAGUCGCACCCUUGGAGCUCCAACAGAGCAUCGAAAAUCAGACCAACCUCAACAGCAUGUACUACAGUGGCAAGGCCCUCAGCAAGUUCGCAACACUGAUAUGGACCGUCAGCGAGCUGGCCAACAGCCCUAACAGCACUCAUGCUGCUUUGCAGGAGCUGAAGCGAUGCUUCGCCCGCUUUGUGCAGAAUCAGCAGCAGUUCCCUCUCGCCUAUGACUCUGUCUGGAAGGGCAUCGUAUCAACUGCAGGAUACAAAGGCGACCUAAACGCGGAUUUUGGCAAUACCGCUUAUAACGAUCACCACUUCCACUAUGGCUACUUCAUUCAAGCGGCCGCUAUCAUCGGCACCCUGGACCCUAGCUGGCUAGCUGACAACAAGGAAUGGGUCAACACUCUAGUUCGUGACGCAGACAACUCGAUUGAACACGAUGCUUUCUUCCCAUUUUCUCGCUCCUUUGAUUGGUUCAAUGGUCACUCGUGGGCAAAGGGUCUCUUCGAAUCCUUCGAUGGCAAAGACCAAGAGUCCACAUCUGAAGAUGCAAUGUUCGCGUACGCAGUCAAGAUGUGGGGUAAGACCAUCGGAGAUGCCAGCAUGGAAGCUCGCGGCAAUCUGAUGCUGGCGAUCUUACGACGUUCGCUGAAGAGCUACUUCCUCAUGCAGAGCAAUAACACCAACCAGCCUGCCAAUUUUAUCGCGAACAAGGUGACGGGUAUACUUUUCGAGAACAAGGUGGACCACACCACUUACUUCGGAAACAACUUGGAAUUUGUUCAAGGCAUCCACAUGCUGCCAUUGCUUCCCAACUCGGGCUAUACUCGCGAUCCCACAUUCGUCGCUGAGGAAUGGCAAGCGAUCUUCGCGGAAAACGCAUCAACGCCUGCAUCUAAAGUGGAAGGUGGCUGGAAGGGUGUUUUGUUCGCGAAUCUGGCUUUGAGCAAUCCUCGCGCAUCGUGGGACUUCUUUGCCCAAUCCAAUUUCGACUACAACUGGAUCGAUGGCGGUGCCUCUCGUGUUUGGUAUCUUGCUUAUGCUGCUGGGCUUGGUGGUAGCCCUUAG